AUGUGGUGUGGAGAAUUGGGAUCAAAUCCCGCUGUCACCAGCAGUGGAGGACAGAGGAAAUGGGCGAAGAGACAAAAUGGAGUUGAAGAAUUAUGGAUAGUAGAGCCCCAAGCUGUGUGCACCAGAAUACCAAAAAGGACCAAGAGAAGAGCCAAGAUCCUGUCCCUGUUACCUAAAGCUGAGGAAGAGCCUGUGUCAGAAGUUGUUACCUUGCAAUCCCAGGUUAGUGGAUUGACGACGGUAGAACUGAAUGUAAGCAUGCAUUGCAAGGCCUGUGCCGAGCAAUUGAAGAGAAAGAUACUCAAAAUGAGAGGUGCAUGGGUUUAUGCUCAUAUCACAUUGCAAGGCGCAAACAGCGGAGACAGAGUUGAGCACAAGAAAGGUGACAGACUGACAGUAACCGGAACCAUGGAUGCUGAUCACCUCGUCGACUAUAUAUACAGAAGGACCAAAAAGCAGGCUCAAAUCGUAUCACAACCGGAAGCACAUGUCAGCGAAAAGAAAGAAGAGGGGGAAAAGCCGGCAGAAGAAGCGGCGGCGAAAGCCGAUGAGAAAAGGCAGAGAGUGGCAACGGGGAGAAAAAAGGAGAAUAAUGGCAACAAGGAAGGAAAGGAAGAGAGUGAGGGUGGGGGUGGCGGUGAAAACAGAUUCCGCGUUUUGUGCAAUGGACGCGUGAAACCGCCAAUCGUUUUCGACCACGUUGUCUAUCCAAACGUUAAUGGUUAA